CCUUACCCGGCUACUUCCGCUGCUGUUUCGUAGCAGACUGCUGAAGGCUGGUUUGCGUCGACAUGGCGGUUUCCCUGAGUGUCUUGCUGGGGGGGCGCGUUUGCGCUGCUGUCGCUCGCUGUGGGUUCGCGACUCGGGGGGUGGCGGGCCCAGGGCCUAUCGGCCGGGAGCCGGACCCCGAUUCCGACUGGGAGCCGGAGGAACGGGAGCUGCAGGAGGUGGAGAGCACCCUGAAAGGACAGAAAAAAGCAAUCCGAUUCCAGAAAAUUCGGAGGCAAAUGGAGGCGCCUGGUGCCCCGCCCAGAACCCUGACUCGGGAAGCCAUGGAGCAGAUCCGGUAUUUACGUGAGGAAUUUCCAGAGUCCUGGUCAGUUCCCAGGUUGGCUGAAGGCUUUAAUGUCAGCACUGAUGUGAUCCGAAGAGUUUUAAAAAGCAAGUUUGUACCCACAUUGGAGCAGAAGCUGAAGCAGGAUCAAAAAGUCCUUAAGAAAGCUGGGCUUGCCCACUCUCUCCAGCAGCUCCGGGGCGCUGGAAAUACCUCAAAGCUGUUCCCUGCAGGCCACUCUGUAUCAGGCUCUUUGCUUAUGCCAGGGCAUGAAGCCUCAUCCAAAGACGCGAAUCACAGCACAGCUUUGAAAGUGAUAGAGUCAGACACUCACAGGACAAAUACACCAAGGAGAUGGAAGGGAAGAAAUAAAGAAAUCCAGCACCUGGAGGAGAGCUUUGUGCCUGUUGCUGUACCCCUAGGUCAUCCAAGAGAGCUACAGAAGUACUCCAGUGAUUCUGAGAGCACCAGAAGAACUGGCAGUGGUGCAUUGCCAAGUGAUCAGAAGCUGGAGGAGUUGAAGGUAGAGGAGCCAGGUAACUUCAGCAGCAAGGUAGUGCAGAGGGGCCGAGAGUUCUUUGACAGCAACGGGAACUUCCUGUACAGAAUUUGAGUUGGGGCUUGGCUUGUGGAGAUGCCUCAUGAAACACAGCUGGGCAAGUAAUAUAUAUGGAACAGCCUGGAUUUCUACAUAUGGAGAAGCCACCUUGGAAUAGGAAGAAGUGUUGAGCCUGGACUGUGGGAGGAAAAAACUGCGUGGAUAGAUUCAGACUUCCUGUAGUAGUGCCCCCAGUCUGACCUCUGUAGAUCUUCAGUACUCACUCUUCUUGCUUGGACUCUCUGUAUGUUGAAAACCAACCGUGUUGCAUGUGUUGUUACAAUUUUCUGUGAUACUUGCAAUUUAUGUUUGAGAGGAAGUGAAAAGUUUGCCUUCUGACCUCAUUUCCUUCUUGAUCAGUGAACACUAACAUUUUUGGGACAACUUAGUCAAUUGUUUUCCUUAUAAGCAAAAUAAAGUAAAAUGUAGCA